UUUUAAUACUGUAAAGGGUUCUGAGAUCAAAAAGUUUUAAACUACAUCUAAGAUUCUUUAUAAAUUCUAAAAUGGCUAACUAGCCAUUUUACUCUUGGUUGACCCAGGCAAUUCUAAUUCUACAAUUCUAAAUUCUAUUAUUCUCACAUCUGGCAGCUAAAUAGCAAUCGAGGAACCUCAGCAAUAUGUAAUUUUGUAGGAGAUGAGCAAGCUAUAUUCUUUUUUAUACUUUCAUAACUCAGAUGAAAAUAUCAUGAGCUUUUAAGAAAACAUUUUAAAAGAAAAAUAAAGCCUGGUGAAAUAAUACAUAUUCCGUUAAAAUACAAGAACUAGAAAAUGAUCCCCUAGCUGUCCCAGACUUCAUUUAUCAAAUCAGUUAAAUAAUGGGGUAUGCAAUUUAAGGCAUCUUAUUAAUUAAUUACUAAGUUAAAGCAAAAAAAAAAAAAAAAAGCAAAAAAUUCAAACUUUUAAGUGAACUUGGAUCUUCUUGGGGAGACAGGAAGAGACUGCGUGAAACAGAACACCUGCAAGUCCAAACAACGCACGCGCACUAUGGGAAGCGGUAGAGCACCGGCAAAGACUAGGAGACUUCGAGGCUCCCAGCAGGUGUUCGUUCCCUCGUGCCAGCGGGUCCCGGCACCAUUCAGUGCCUCCUGCCUUACGCCUGCGCGAUGCAACGCGACCGCUUCGCCGCCUCCCUCGGCCCCUCCCGCCACUUUCUUCAAACCUCCCGCCUACACUUACGGGAGUGGGUGGGUGACGGGGUCGGUCUAAUUCCAGUCCGCACAUUCCGUACGGACCCCUAUCCUGGAGGCCCGGCGCCUCCGGAAACACGAGACCCCGCCCCGCCCCACCCCGGGUCACCGGGCGACGUGAGCGACAGCAAGAGAGGCGCGCCGCGGCACCUCGGGGGCGGGGCCGAGGUCCGUCCAGCGUCUCCCCCUCCCGCCGCCCUCUGUCGAAUCUGCGGCGGCCGUUGGGCCGUUAGCGCAGUUUGGGCGGUUGUCUUGGAGAAGCAAAAUGGCUGCGGCGACGGCGGCCGCAGCGGCGGCGGUGGUGGCGGCAGCGGCGGAGGAGGACACGGAGCUGCGGGACUUGCUGGUGCAGACGCUGGAGAACAGUGGAGUCCUCAAUAGGAUUAAGGCUGAGCUACGGGCAGCUGUAUUUUUAGCACUUGAAGAACAAGAAAAAAUAGAGAACAAAACACCUUUAGUGAAUGAAAGCCUGAAAAAGUUUUUAAAUACUAAAGAUGGUCGUUUAGUGGCAAGUCUUGUUGCAGAAUUCCUUCAGUUUUUCAAUCUCGACUUCACCUUGGCCGUCUUUCAGCCUGAAACUAGCACAAUUCAUGGGCUUGAAGCUCGAGAGAAUUUAGCCCGUGAUUUAGGAAUUAUUGAAGCAGAAGGCACUGUGGGUGGACCAUUGCUGUUAGAGGUAAUCAGACGAUGUCAGCAAAAAGAAAAAGGUUCAAUUACUGGGGAGGGAGGACUGGAUCUUUCUGAUAUACAUUCACCACCAAAAUCCCCAGAAGGAAAAAUGGCAGGCUGUCAUUCAGUACCAAGUAAGAUACCAAGGUAUAAAGGACAAGGUAAAAAGAAGAGAAGCGGGGAGAAGGCUGGUGAAAAGAAGAUCAUUGAUGCAAAUCAGAGUGAUACAAGUAUCUCCUCAUCAGAAAUAAAGACCAAAAGCCUUCAUCUUUUAGCCAGUGAAACAAAACUUGGUUCUUCCUUAAAUAAUAGAGCUUUGGAUGGCAAAGAUAAAACCAGUCGAUGUUCCCAUGAAGAUGACAUGGAUGGGGAUUCCUUCUUUGAUGAUCCCAUUCCUAAGCCAGAAAAAAGUUAUGGUUGGAAAAGUGAAUCAAGCAAGCAAGUAGGCAGCCUUGCAUCACUUUCUGAUGCACCACCAUUAAAAAGUGGACAUAGCUCCCUGACUGGAACACGUUUGUUAAAAGAAUCUGAAAAUACAAGGGGAAGCUCAAUAUUGAGGGAUCUGAAAAUGGUCAGUGAUAAAAUUGGAUCACUUGGAUUAGGAACUGGAGAUGAAGAAGAGUACAUGGAUGAUUUUAAUAGUACCAUAAGUCACCGCUCAGAGAAAAGUGAAAUAAGUAUUGGUGAAGAGAUAGAAGAAGACAUUUCUGUGGAACUAGAUGACGUCAAUAUCAAUGAUAAACUUGAAGACCUCACACAGGAUCUUACUGUUUCUCAACUUAGUGAUGUUGCAGAUUAUCUAGAAGAUGUUGCAUAGACAUGAAAGAAGGAGGUAUUCUAAUAAAAUGGACUAAGGACUCUGAACAGUUACAUUUCUUUCAGACAAUCACACUUUGGAAUGUCUGCUUCCUGUUUGUGCCUUGUGUUUCAAAAAGACUGCAGAUAAAAAACAAAAAAACAAAAAACUGAUCAUUUCACAGCAUAUACUAAAUGAAAUGGUUCCAAUUUGA